UACUGUUUUCAAUGUUUUAUCUUUGCCAUUGAUUAUGUCCCAAGUGGGAAUCAUUUGCAAGUAACCGUUUCGUUUGAAGUUGUGCAUUUCACGGUUGAUUCAAUGGACAGCGAAGAUAUAGUCUGUCUUUAAUUGUGAUCAAAAUAUUUUUCCUUAAUUUAAUGUCAGUAAUGAUUUUGUGUUUAUGGGAAGUUGGCCUUAAUUAGACUAAUAAGAAAAAGCUACCCUGGGGGUUCUACUAAUACCAUAUAUGUUGCUCUUACCAUACAAAUUCCUUCACUCAGUGUGAGAUGAUUUUGUAUACAAGUAGUACUUCCUAGGGGCUUUCAAAGCCAUAGAAAAAAAAGGUUCUUUGGUGGAGAAGGUUGAUUGAAUUGGAGAGUGAUGAUGAAGGAGAGCGAUCCGCCAAAUGAACAGCCUGAAUCUGUUGCCUUUAGGAAGAACCUGGAGAAGCUCAAGUUGGACUUGGGCAGCAUUAAUCAAGGGAUUCGGACUUAUAUAAUGGGACAGAGAAUUGAUGUACCUAGGGGGCCUCCAAGAUAUCUUAUUGGGGAUGAAGAUGAUGACAAAACAGAAGUGGGUGAUCCUGUGUUUGAUGGAGGAAAGUAUUCAGUGUACAAUGACACAGAUGAGGAUGAUGAUUCUCAAUCUCUUAUUCAAUGUACCUUCUGUGAUUUUAUGAUUGAUUUUUCUGCGGUCUGUAACUGUUUGGAAGGCUAUGACCCGGAUAAUAUGCUUUGUCCGGUGUGUGACGAAAAAUUAGGGGAUGAAGCAAUCAGGGUUAUCUGGAAUUCAAUCUCACAAAAGAGAACUUGGAAGUCUGACACAUCUAGCGUCUCCUCGGUUGAUUCAUUAGAUCUUGAUGAGAAACUUCCUGUCAGGGGAACCAAACAUGAACCAGUGCCUGAUCCACUUUUGUCACUUGGCAAUGUGUCUGUUCCAAAAUCUGGUGGUAUCCAUACUAGUGAAGGUUCCUCCUGCAAGGCCUCAGACAUUACCAAAGCAGAAGGCGCUGUGACAGAUUCAUCCCCGGAUUCUGGUGAUGAGAAGGAUGCUGAAGAGAGAAGGUUGACAGCAACUUUUGUUCAAGAGUUGGUAUUAUCAACUUUAAUCUAGGAAAUUUGCGUCUUAGAAUUUAUAGACAGUCGGCAUUCAGAUAGCCUUGAUGCUGGUAGAAAAUUAACCGAGUUUUAUUGCGGUGCAUGAGUUUAGACUUUAGAAUAGCUGUUCUAAACAUUGGAUAGUGAUAAAAUUGGA